UGGCAUACAGUGUACAUACACAGUGGUAUGUACACACACAGCUGAACACAGCGUAAAUACACAGCUUUACAAUUUACAUACCAAGAACAAGUACAACUAACAACCAGGAAGACCUCACCAGUCACCACCUCAGACUGUUGUAUUUAGAUUUUAGCUGGCACAAGCUGGCAUAUAAUCAACAUUGUAGUUUGUUAUUGUUCAAACCAAAGUUUUUAAAAAUAAAUAAUUACCAAUUUUACAAAAAAAAAAUACACAUCUUGUUUAUUAAGAUAUAUUUUUUUUGAUAAAUAAAUAAAUCAUUGUAUACCACUGAUGGUUUAUCAUCAUUAUCAUCAACAAUCAUAUUGCAUUUAUUAACACCAAGAAUUGUGAAAAUGCUUCAUCGUUCAUACAGUCUGUUCCCAAGAAUAUCUGGUAAACUAAAUUGUCAUUAUGUAGAUCAAGUGUAUAUGCUACAAAUAUCACUGGUUCGAAGACAUGCUAGUCUUUGUAUAACACCAAAAUCAAGCAAUAGUUUUUACAAAUUACAUUCAAUAAAAAAUGUAAGAUAUAAAUAUUUGACAACAAAUUGUACAUGUAUUGGAACAAAAAGAUUAUCAUCAGAUGAUUGUAAAAAUAAAAAUAAUACAAAUGAUACACAAAGUAAUUUACAACAAAAAAAUAUUGAACUUGAAAAUGAUAAAUUAGGUAAACUUAAACAGCGAAUUUUAAAUUUUGAAACAAUUGGAUCAAAUGAAUCAGAAAAAACUGUUGAUAAAAAAUUGGAUACUGUAGAGAAUAAAAAAUAUGAUAGUACAGAUGAGGUUAUUGAAAAAAUACCAAUUGUUAAAAAAGUUAAAAGAUUACGUGUUGAUCAUUCAGCUGCAUCACUUGAAAGAAAUUUUAUAACACCAGUACGUGCAAUGUCAGAUUUCAUGUUAAAACCAGCAGAUAUUGAGUCUCUUCCAAAGACAAAACGGCGAUCACCAUAUGAGGAUAAGCCACCAAUAACUGUCUUCUGGAGAAAAGACGUAGAAGCCAAAGCACUCGAGGUUUGGGGCUCACGAGAAGCACUACUUAAAGAGCUACUGAGAAAAGAAUUGGAACAUAAAACUUAUCAACAAAAUGUAUUUACUGUAAAAAGAAGACUUCGUGAUUGGCGACGAGAAAUGGGAAAUACUGAAAGUGUCAAUCAAAAUGAAGGUUUAUUUGGAAGAUCUGGAAAAGUUGUGUUGACAGCAAUUGUAAUUAAUGCAAGUAAUUUUUUAUUGAAACUUGUUGCUUGGUUUCUGACUGGAUCUCACAGUAUGUUUUCAGAGUGUGUACACUCUGCUGCUGAUACAUUUAAUCAAAUGAUAUUGGCAUAUGGAAUACACAAAUCAGUACAGAAUCCAAAUCCUGAUCAUCCAUAUGGUUAUACCAACAUGAAAUAUGUAUCAUCAUUAAUAUCAGGAGUAGGAAUAUUUUGUGUUGGUACUGGAUUAUCAUGUUAUCAUGGUAUACAUGGUAUAUUGUAUCCAGGUCCAGUUGAAUCAUUUUACUGGGCAUAUUUAAUUCUUGGUUGGUCAUUUGUAUCUGAGGGUGUGACACUUAUUGUUGCUUAUAAUUCAAUAAGAAAAGCUGCUGAAGAAAAGGGAACAUCCUUUAAAGAUUAUCUAUUUUCUGGCCAAGAUCCAUCUGUAAAUGUUGUUUUUAUGGAAGAUUUAGCUGCUGUUACUGGAGUAACAGUUGCAGCUUCAUGUAUGGGCUUAACAUCAUAUCUUGGUAAUCCCUUAUUUGAUGCAGCUGGAUCAUUACUAGUCGGUGGACUUCUUGGAGCUGUUGCAUCACUUAUUAUUUACACAAAUGUUGCAGCACUUACUGGACGUAGUAUUCCACAAAAAAAUUUGGAUAAAAUAAAUGCUGAACUUGAGUCUGAUAUUAUGGUUCGUGCAAUUUAUGAUGUUAAAGGUAUUGAUAUGGGAAAUAGUCUUGUUAGAUAUAAAGCUGAAAUUGAUUUUGAUGGACGUGAACUAACAAGAGCUUAUUUAGAUAAACAUGAUUUAAAUUCAAUGCUUGAAGAAGUCAAGAAAAUGAAAAAUAUUGAUGAACUUGAACCAUUUCUAUUGAAACAUGGUGAAAAUAUUGUUGACAUGAUGGGAGGUGAAAUUGAUAGAAUUGAAUUAAAACUAAAGAAAAAUCAUCCAGAAAUACGUCACUGUGAUUUAGAAGUCCUAUAAAAAAUUACUUUGUAAAUAUUUAAAUAUAAUAAUAAUAUUUAAAUAUAUAUAACUUUUGUAAAUAUUUAAAUAUAAUAAUAAUAAUAAUAAUAUUUAAAAUAAUUUAUGUUAUGAAUUUUUAUAUAUAAAAAAAAAAAAAAAAAAAAAAGAAAAGCACAGUUUUAAUUCAAAAAUGUUUCAUGAUACAUAACUAAAUUACUAUCUCAAAGAAUUAAAAAUUAAUAAUGUUUCAAUAUGAUUAUUUUUGAUGAUUAUUAAACAAGGUCCACAAAAAUUAAUUAAAAAUAAAAAAAAAAUGUUUGUCAACAAAAA